AUGCAGGCAGCAGCGGGGGUUAUUGCUGGGAAGGGAAAAUUGGAGGUGAUGUCAAUGCGGGAUGACAAGGCGUGCGUGCGAACAUCACGUGGUACAAAUUCCCGAGAGGCGCGUCUUCGAUCUGUAAUCUACAGGAAAUGCAAAGCAGACACCAAUUCAUCAACAGUGUCAAAGGGUGCUUGGAUCCACCCUCCUGUCUUGUAUGCAAUCGGCGAUUGA